CACACAACGAGCCUCGUCCCCUAAAAUUUACAUGUAUAACGGCCAUUUCCGGUCAUGUGACUUGUUGGAUUGUUUGGAACCCCGCGUCUUUCAGUGUUGGCGGGUAUCUGUGUGGACUGCGAGCUUGCUGUAGAGCCUCCCGGCUGCCAACAGAAGUACUUUAACUCUCCAGAUAGUUAACGUUAGCCUUAUUGUUGUCAAGAAAAUGUCUGACUGGACCAGAGGCAAGCGACGUGAUGUUCACGACAGCGAACACGAAAACAGGAGCUAUGGCCCGUCUCGGUGGUCCAACUGCAGAAAACGAGGGAUCGACGGAAGUCUGCGGGCAAACAGAGAGGCAGAAGGUGGUGUUAAGGAAAAAGGCAGGCACACUGACUGCAGCGAUGGUAGAGACUCUGACAAGAGACAUGCUAGUUUCACCACUCCAGAGAGCACAGGCCCAACAUCUCGCUGCAAUAGACAGUCUGACUGGGGCAGCCAGGUGGAAGAUGAUGAGAUGAGGAGGGGUGUACACAGAGACAUGCAGCGGAGGAGGAUACUGGGUGCUGAGGUCACCCAGAGAGAGAGAAAGACCUCCUCUGGUUCUUCUGGGAGCUGUGACUCAAAAGAGGGAGAAAACAUGGAGACUGAUGAGGCUGUGUUGCUACGGCGACAGAAACAGAUAAACUACGGCAAGAACACAUUGGCCUAUGACCGAUACAUCAAAGAAGUUCCGAAACACAUGCGUCAGCCAGGUGUUCACCCAAAAACUCCCAAUAAGUUUAGGAAGUACAGUCGUCGCUCUUGGGACCAACAGAUCAAGCUGUGGAAGGUCAAACUCCACGCCUGGGACCCCCCAACAGAGGAUGGCCAAGACACAGUCCAUGAUAACAUUGAUGAGCUGGGUCUCAACGUAAUGGACAUUGAACUGGACUUCCCAACCUUGCCAGACUCCCAGAAUGCCCCAGCCUCUGUCACCACACACAGCCUUUCACUGGAGGGUGAAGACUAUUCAGGCACUCCAGUUAAAGUACAGAGGACCGAAACCACAGUGGAGCCUGACAUGGCAUAGUUCUUAUGGAAAAGAAAAUCCGCGUUGACACACUUGACAACUGAUACAGUCAUUUCCCCCCUGACACUUAGACUCUUCACAGCCCACCACGUUACCCAGAAUGACUCUGUUCCUGGUACCAGUUACUUGAUCUGCUUGAAGCAGUGAUGCGUUGGCACAGCUUCACAGUGCUGUGUCUGUGUCUCAGCUGGAAAUUAUCUGUUCAACACUGUAACAUAUUUUGUAUUCUUCCUUCAUUUAUACUAGUGCUUCUUAAUCCAUAGGUCGGGGCCUUUUACAGAUCACGAACCUGCUCAGGGAAUCUUCUUUUAUGGCAAGAUUUGACAGUUGCAUGUUUAAUAUUGGUGUUUGCAAACACUUGUAGCACUGAUCUGUGGCCUGAUAGAGCAGACAUCCAGGUUUGUUGAUGUCCAUUAUGUGCAAAUCACAUCCUGCUUAUGCUUGCUAAAUAGAAUACAAGAAUACAUAGAAACUAACCAAACUCAAAGGGUUCGUUAAAUUGUUUAAUGGAGAUAAGCAAACCAAAGGCAAAGCAUUUUCCUCUUUAAUGAUUCAUGUUAAGAUUUUUUUUCCUUUGGAAUGUUCAAUUUUAAAUACUGAAGAGCAUCACUUCAGUGGGCUGUGGUUUGUUUUUAUUUUGGUUGUUUUUUUAAUGCAAUUGUUGCUGUGUUUAUUGCUGUUUCCUUCAUGGUGACAACUUUCAAAUAAAAAAAGAAAUUGAAUGUC